UCAACGAUAAUUUUCUAACGAGUCCUUUAUACCAUAAAGUUUUCCUCCACUUCGGUCUCACGUUUUGUUUCUCGUGAUACAAGGUGUGCAGAUGUAUGCUAGAAUUAUACCGCCGCCCAAAACCAGAGCAAUCAUAGCCAAAGUUGUCCAUGGAGUUGAGCUCGAGGUGACGCGAGUUGGCACCAGCUUCUUUAUUGCAGGCAAUUCGACAACUUCUUCGGUUGUCAAACCCCAUCUUCUGGCCUUGGCGAUCAGGGAUCUCAGGCGUCGUGACGCCUUCUCGCAAGACUUCUUUGACGUCCGCUUAGAUAAGCCGUCUAAACAGUUCCCGAAGUGUCCCAUAAUAUCGCGACGUUUCUCAUUCUUGAGUCAAUUCAAGCGCUACAACAAGUUCCGAACAUCGACCGAAACUGUCGAGAAGUCCCAGAAUCGAAUAAUGGUUACGAAAGAUGCCGGGGAAGGUCCUACGAAGGAAAUGGCAUGGGAGAACGGCAGAAGGAGAGUGGGACAGCUGAAAUGGAGGAACGGCGGCUCUUGUGUCAAAAAGAGAGCAAACCACUCGUCGGAUUGCCCGCUAGACUUGGUCAUUCGACCUGGCCAAGAACGUCACCAGCAAGCACCAGUCCGUAGCACGGCGACGCCGACGGGGCAGGAGCAAAUGGAGAGAUGGUGGAUGAUAUUUACACCCUCCGCAGUGCGAGUGCUACGCAUGAGAACUCCUGGAACUUUCGUGGGCCAAGACAUAAACGCAACUCGAUUUGCAUAUUUAACUUGA